AUGUUCACCAUGCGAUCCCUCCUCCGCAAUCUCCCCCGAGUAGGCGAAACUCCACGCCACUUCUUCACACCUUCACCGAUCCAACAAAAAGCGACAUUCGCCUCCCAAUCAUGGACGACAGCACACCGAACAACAUUUCGCAAACCACCCAGAAAAAUAUGGCAACGGCAAUAUCGCCGUCAAGCCUUCAACUACCAACGCUUCAACACGACCCGCUCCUACUUCCACCGCUGGGCCGCCCGUCCCACCUUCUACUACGAACUCGGCGGUCUGGGAGCUGCAGGCGGUGGCUUCUACGUCUACAAUCUCGAACAAGUCCCCGUCUCAGGUCGCAGACGCUUCAACAUCAUCGGCGCCUCGACCGAGUCUUCGCAAGGGCAACAGAUGUAUGCGGCUACGAUGCAAGAGUUUCGGGGGAGAAUCAUGUCGCCUUUGAGCCGAGAACACAGACUUGUUAAUGGGGUGUUGAAGAGAUUGAUUCCGCAUUCGGGAUUGGAAGGGGAGGAAUGGGAAGUGCACGUUAUUGAUGGCGAUAUGAAAAACGCCUUUGUCAUUCCUGGGGGGAAAGUUUUUGUGUUUAGAGGCAUUUUGGAUAUUUGCAAGUAUGACGAGAACGCUGUCGCGGCAGUUCUGGGUCAUGAGAUUGCCCACAACGUCGCGCAUCACGCCGCGGAACGAAUGUCGCAGUCCGCGAUUCUGAUGCCGAUUGCUAUAGGCGCGAGCUUAAUGCUAGGCGUGGAUCCGGGGAUUGGAGGUUAUAUGAGUAAGAUUGCGUUUGAGUUGCCGGGCAGUCGAGCGCAGGAGAGUGAGGCGGAUUAUAUUGGCUUGUUGAUGAUGGCGGAUGCAUGUUUCCAACCCGAAGCUGCGGUGGAGUUGUGGGGUCGCAUGGAAGUUGACGAGAAGRGCAUGGCGCCGCCRCAGUUUUUGAGCACGCAUCCUAGUUCGCAUGGGAGGAUGGAGAGGAUUCAGGGGUGGUUGCCGGAGGCUAAGGAUCGAUUGGAGAGGGGUGGAUGUGCUGGCAUGGGGAGUUAUGCGAAUGCUUUUAGGAGGGAGGUUGUUUUGGGGGAGAAGUGGAGGGAGGUUUGA